AUGGCCUUUCUGCCAGUAAAUCCCAUUAUCAUGCGCGUCUUCCCUCGCCAUGUGCAUGCUCGCGCUGCGAGCAUGCAAAAUCCAUCGCUCCCGAACGAAGCUGGUCUUCAGAGCGUCAUCGAGCACUUCUCGAGCCAGAGGACAGCUCCUCCUGAGGUCCUGGCUCGCAAACGCGCCGCCACCUAUCAGCGCCUCACCAUGCAGCUGACGCUGGAAGCGCUCUUGUCUGGUGCGAGGCGCAUGACGCCCUUGCGGGCGCAAGCACUUCUCGAGCCAGAGGACAGCUCCUCCUCGGACUUUGUCGAGUCGCCCGAGGAGUCUUCGCCGGAGGUCUCCGACUCCGAUGGGGGAAACCCUUCGAGUGGCCCCGACGAUCGGCGCGGAGCUGGCGACUCGGAGGCGUCUCCGUCCCUCACUGUGACGUCGGGUGCCUCCGGAGAGCUCGACACCACUGGGGCUGCUUGUCUGCGCGGCUUCGCGCUUGGGCUGGCGAUGCCGCGUCUGGCUUCUCGCUGUGGACUGUGUGCCUGCCGGAAUGUGGAUAUCGCUCAGAGGCAUCGAGCGCUGAGCAAUGAUGUCCGCGAGAUACCAGAUGAAGCGGACGGAGGGAGGCUGGACACGGGAACACGUAAAUCCAUUAUCAUGCGCGUCUUCCCUCGCCAUGUGCAUGCUCGCGCUGCGAGCAUGCAAAAUCCAUCGCUCCCGAACGAAGCUGGUCUUCAGAGCGUCAUCGAGCACUUCUCGAGCCAGAGGACAGCUCCUCCUGAGGUCCUGGCUCGCAAACGCGCCGCCACCUAUCAGCGCCUCACCAUGCAGCUGACGCUGGAAGCGCUCUUGUCUGGUGCGAGGCGCAUGACGCCCUUGCGGGCGCAAGCACUUCUCGAGCCAGAGGACAGCUCCUCCUCGGACUUUGUCGAGUCGCCCGAGGAGUCUUCGCCGGAGGUCUCCGACUCCGAUGGGGGAAACCCUUCGAGUGGCCCCGACGAUCGGCGCGGAGCUGGCGACUCGGAGGCGUCUCCGUCCCUCACUGUGACGUCGGGUGCCUCCGGAGAGCUCGACACCACUGGGGAUCCUGCUUUGUUUUGCUUGAGGACUGACAUAGGAUUUACUGGCAGAAGGCACACAGUCCACAGCGAGAAGCUGCACAAACACACACAAAACACAAGCCCGAAAAGAACCAGCACUGCUGGCACCCAGACGCGGCAGCGCCAGCCCAAGCGCGAAGCCGCGCAGACAAGCAGCCUAAGGAGCUACCAAUGUAAGGGUGGACCAACGUCACGUCCGCCAUCAAGCCCUCGUACUGCUCAGACCCUCGAUCGCGGAUUCCAGGGAUGUGGAUAUCGCCCUUCAUCUUGCGGAGGGUACCUGCCGUCGAGAACGAGGAUCCCCCACUGUAUCGAUGACGCUCUGAAGACCAGCUUCGUUCAGCAUCGACCGAAUCGUACGAGUGAGGUUGUCAUGCGCCGUGGGAAGCUUGGAGGAUCGGCGUUUGCAGGUCUGGAGAUGAUGUGCAGCAACGGAGGGAUCGAGCUCGCGCUGACAUCCAUCACAUUCCGUCGGACACUGGCAGAUCGGCAUGCCAUGGAGAUAGCAGUCGAGCUUCUUGUCUGCGCGGCUUCGCGCUUGGGCUGGCGGUGCCGCGUCUGGGUGCCAGCAGUGCUGGUUCUUCUCGGGCUCGUGUUUUGUGUGUGA